AUGGAUCCGAUGCAAGAGGACAACUAUUCUGGCGAGUUUGACAUGCAGCUUAUAGGGAAUUUCUUGAGUUUUGCAUCUAGAGGUGACAGAGUGGGACUGAACCAGAUGUUGAGGGACGGUAUAUCUCCUAAUGUACAAGACUAUGACAAGAGGACUGCCUUGCAUCUUGCAGCUAGUGAAGGCCAUGCUCCUAUUGUUGAGCUCCUUCUGCACUACAAGGCCAAUGUCAAUCUCAAAGACCGUUGGCAAAGGACUCCCUUGACAGAUGCAAGACUCUACAGUUACCGAGAUAUAUGUAGGAUCCUGGAAGUUAACGGAGGCAAGGAUUUCAUCAAUGACCACCCAAUGACAUUUCGACAUGAAGAUUGCAUUGAGAUGAAUUUUGAUAUUUCAGAAUUGAACACAGAACAGUCAUCAAUAGUUGAGCAGGGUGUCUUCGGUGAAUCAGUCAAGGUUAAGUGGCGGGGAACAUGGGUUGUUAAAACGGUGAUUAAGAGUCAGAUAUACCAUCCUGUAAAAAUGAUAUUAUCUGCCAAGGAUAACACUCUCUUACGACAACUUCAGCAUCCAAAUAUCUUGCAGUUUCUUGGUUCAAUUGUCCAUCGGGAGGAGAUGAUUCUGAUUACACAGCAUCUGCCUAAGGGGAAUUUGGAUGGUAUCUUGACCACAAAAAUUCGGCUUGAUAUACCUACUGCUCUGCGCUAUGCUCUAGAUAUCGCAAGGGGAAUGAAUUAUCUCCAUGAGCACAAACCCUUACCCAUAGUUCACAAUCAUUUGACUCCCAGAAACUUGUUACUAGAUGAAGGUGGCCACUUGAAGAUUGGUGACUAUUGGGUUCAAAUGUUGUAUGAACAAAUCCACCCCAAUCAAGACAACAGCCAAAGGAAUGAUGGUUCCAUCAUGUCCAGCAACCAAUCGAAUGACACCAAGAAUGAUAUUCGCUCUUUUGGAUUCAUAUUUUAUCAGAUGCUAGAAGGAAGAGUGCUUAGCAACAUGAACUUUGAUAAGUCUACCGAUUUUGAACUAAGGUUCCAGAUAAGCCGCUGCCCUAACAGAAUUCAACAGUUAAUCCAGCAUUGCACAAGUAAAAAUCCUUGUCAAAGGCCCUCAUUUUCUUGUGUCAUAGAGAUCUUGGAAGAAGUUUCUGCAUGUCUGGGGAGACCUGGAUGUUCUCCUGUUUGUUGA